CUCCGAUUCAGAUCAUCACACUUUUGAUCCAACACUCAGUUGUUCUCAGUCGAGAGAGGAACUUGGAGAAGGCGAGGGAAAGUGAAAGACAAGGAAAAAAAGGAAUAGUGUUGCUUGACCAUCUAAACGUCAAUGCGUGGAAGGACGGUGAUCAGCUCUAAAAUCUCUGAAGCAAAUAGUGAAGUGGACUCUCGCUGUGUUCGUCUAUAAAAGGCAAUAGAAAGCGAGAUCUCCGUAGUUGGAUCUCUGGCCCUGGAGAAGCAUGCUGUCUUUGUGGAUGAUCUCCAUUGCUUGCAUGGGCCUCGGCUCUUUCUGCGCCGGGAAAGGAGGCCUGGAGUUCCCCAGCUUUGAUGGGAAGGACCGCGUGCUCAACAUCAACAAGCGGAACUACAAGAAGGCCCUGAAGAAGCAUGACAUGCUGUGCGUGCUUUACCACGAGCCGCUGUCCGCUGAUAAGGGCCUCCAGAAGCAGUUCCACAUGACGGAGAUGGUACUGGAGCUAGCUGCCCAGGUUCUGGAGGACAGAGAUAUUGGGUUUGGGAUGGUUGACUCCCGCAAGGAUGCCAAAGUGGCCAGAAAACUAGGACUGGAAGAAGAAGGAAGCAUCUACACAUUUAAAGAGGAUCGCCUGAUUGAGUUUGAUGGAGAACUCUCGGCUGAUACUCUGGUGGAGUUUCUGCUGGAUCUCCUUGAGGACCCAGUGGAGCUCAUCAGUAACUCCCGGGAGCAGCGUGCCUUCGAGCGCAUGGAGGGCCAAACCCGCCUCAUUGGCUACUUCAAGGGGGAAGAGUCAGAGCAUUACAAAGCCUUUCUGGAGGCGGCUGAGCAGUUUCAGCCCUAUAUCAAGUUCUUUGCCACUUUUGAUAAAGCGGUUGCAAAGCAUCUGACUCUAAAGAUGAAUGAGGUUGACUUUUAUGAGCCCUUUAUGGAGGAGCCAGUCACUAUCCCUGGAAAACCCAACUCUGAGGCUGAGAUUGUAGACUUUGUUAAUACACACAGAAGGCCAACUCUGAGAAAGUUGCGCUCUGAGGACAUGUUUGAGACAUGGGAGGAUGACAUGGACGGGAUACACAUAGUUGCCUUUGCAGAGGAAGAGGAUCCUGAUGGCUACGAGUUCCUGGAGAUCCUGAAGGAGGUAGCAAGAGACAACACCAAUAACCCUGACCUGAGCAUUGUAUGGAUUGACCCUGAUGACUUUCCUCUACUGACCACAUAUUGGGAGCAGACCUUCAAAGUGGACCUGUUCAGACCACAGAUUGGAGUGGUGAACGUGACCGAUGCGGACAGUGUUUGGUUGGACAUUGCCAGUGAUGAAGCUCUACCGUCUGCGGAGGCCUUGGAGGACUGGAUAGAGGAUGUGCUGUCCGGGAAGAUCAACACAGAGGAUGACGAUGAUGAAGCCGGCCGUGAGGGUGAUGAUGGGGAUGAAUAUUAUGAAGAAGAAGAGGAGGACGAUGAGGAUGUUGAUGAUGCAGACGAUGAUGACCGUGAUUGAUUAUCAUGAUCGAUUGGCAGUGUGAAUGCAUUAUAUAACCUUCAAAGUUUUCCCUAUGACUGGUGUUAUAAUUUCUGGCAUUUUAAAGGCAUGAUGAUGUGGAGGGCUGUUUAUGGAUGUCAAACUAUGAAGAAAUAAACUUGAAUUUAAAUUCUGCAUCUUCUAGAGAAAUGGCAUAUAUUAGGAAAGCAGUGAAAUAUAAAAAUGUCUGAGGUCACCUGGGGUCUUACUCUUUGAGUGAGUUUAUGGACACAUGCAUGCAUGUUGGUAACCUGUGAUAUGUUAUCCAUUUAGGUGGCACCAAUAGGCUAAUCAUAGGGUGUGCAUUGCAUCAUCCACUGUCAAAUAGGGGGAAAUUAUUAAUUAGAUGAUCAAUUUCUCAUCAUGGAAGGCUCCGAAACCCGCUAUGAAAAAACUUUACUUUUUGCAGAUAGGAAGCAGCUUCACCCUGACGCUUAAAUGUGUGCAACGUUUUGUUCAGACCUCAUAAUAAAUCUCUCAACCCUUUUAAA